GAUGCCAUAUCUGCCGAUGAUGAUGAGGUGACGCUUUGCCUAAUCCUGUCACUAGCGUGGUAGAGUUACGGCGAGGACUUUCCUCGGUGGCAUCAAACUCACGACCAGACGUUUGGUUCAGACCACUGGAAAGUUCGCUUUCAUAAUAAUAAUCAUCAUCAUCGCCAUCGUCAUAGCGGCGUCGUGGCACUUCUGGAUCUCUGGCUUUUCAUUCUUUCCGAGAUAAAUGAAAGCAAGAUAGUUGUGCCAUGACUUACGAGCGCAUUUGUGUCGUCUGUAGUUUAAUAGAUAGUGACUGUGACUUUUCUUCCAAGUGGUCGGCGUAGGCUAGUUGUUGACCUUUGUUGAACGAGUGAAGAUUGGUUUUACAGAAUCUCAAAAACGCUUGAAGGUAUUAAAUAUUUUCUUCAAAAUGGGCAUGGACAUCGACCACCACCAGAAUGAAAUACUCAUCCCCGGAGUCGGGCCCGCCGUGCCCCCAAAGGCGCCCAUCGAAGCAUCCGGAACUGCCACCGCGGUCUGGGGAAAUCCCGAAGAACCUGACUUCAACACGCUUCUUUUCGCCAUGGACUUCUUCACCAAGUAUUUCUGGAUGUUGACCAAUACGCUGGGUAUUCCAGGGAAUGCGAUAUCAUUCUUUAUCAGCCUGAUGAAGGAGAAUCGCCAGUUUUCCACCUGUAUCUAUAUGGCGGCGCUAGCAAUCGUGGACACCGCCCAUCUUCUCGACCUCUUCUGGAUUGGAGGGCAAAGCGAAUUUCAGAUUCAGUGUGUGUAUUACACGGGCUACUCCAUGGGCAUCCUCUCGGGGCUCUUCCUCACCAUGAUGUCCGUGGACCGUCUGAUCGUGGUCCGAUUCCCCCUAGCAGCCAAACGGACAUGCACGACCAAGAGAGCUCUGAAAGCUAUUGCAGUGAGCGUUGUCCUUGUAAUGGGAAUCAAUGUCCACAUCUUCUUCAUUUUCAAACAGGCUGUGGAUAAGUCCCACUUCAUUAAAGUGAUCAUCCCGGGCUACCCUGCGCUAGAGACCGCUGUCAAUAUGUUUCAUUUGACCUUUGGGAGCAUUGCUCCCUUCGCUAUCAUUAUCGUCUGCAAUAUUUGGAUAAUUGUGACCCUGCGCGCAGCCUCCAAGGACCGGAAGGCCAUGGUUGCAAAGAAAGUUGCAAUAUCCCAAGAGAAAGACACGCGACACUUGACCCGAAUGUUGUUGUUCGUCUGCGCGGCCUACAUCAUGACGUCACUUCCGUAUCGUAUGCAUGAUCUAGUGUUGACGAUCCCGGUGUUGCGGGAAAUGUAUGAUUUGACGGAAAGAUAUUGGUACCUGCGCUAUACGACGCAGUAUUACGUUUUGUUGGCCGUCUGGCACUGGAAUUACGGCAUCAACUUUUAUCUAUAUUGUAUCGGCGGCGGGAAAAAAUAUCGUGCAGACGUCUUAAGGUUGUUUCGAUGCAAAGUAAAAUAAUGACGUAAAACUAGUAAUCUUUGGUACAAGACGAAUGGGAAGAACGACAAGAGAAGUUUUGGGUGAUAGGCAUCUUCCUAACGUUCGUGCUUUACCCUAUCAAAGCAUUAGAAACACUGACGUUAGUGUCAAUGCUAU